AUGCAGCCGCACACAGACGUUUUCAGCAUCCAUAACUACCUAAACUCCUCGAUCCCAUCUCCAUAUCCUUCCCAUUUCCCGAUAUCCUCGCCAUUCCCAGUCAACAGUCAAAACUCGAAUCCAUUUUACGGAUUCCAAACCGCUACAAGCACUCCACAGUCCAUGAGCCUAAGCAGCAACAACUCGACAUCAGACGAAGCAGAAGAGCAGCAAACGAACAAGAACAUAAUCAACGAGCGGAAGCAGAGAAGGAUGAUAUCAAACAGAGAAUCCGCAAGGAGAUCACGUAUGAGGAAGCAGAGGCACCUUGACGAGCUUUGGUCACAGGUGAUGUGGUUGAGGAUCGAGAAUCAUCAGUUGCUUGAUAAGCUUAACAAUCUCUCAGAGUCUCACGAGAAGGUUCUUCAAGAGAAUUCUCAGCUUAAAGAGGAAACAUCUGAGCUUAAGCAAGUGAUCACUGAUAUGCAAAUUCAAAGCCCUUUCUCUUGCUUCAGAGAUGAUAUAAUCCCCAUUGAAUAG